AUGGCUUACUCGUGGCUUCGCAGCCUGACUGUCUCACAGUUGGCGCUGCUUUCUCUCGGUGUGACCAUCACCUACAUUCUCGGCAUUGUCAUCUAUCGCGUCUACUUCCAUCCGCUGUCAAAGUAUCCCGGCCCCAAGCUCGCUGCUGCCACUCAUCUUUGGUGGACCUGGCAUCAACUUCGCGGAAAAUUCCCUCUAACAGUGCACGAACUCCAUCUCAAAUACGGCGAAAUCGUUCGUAUCGCGCCCACCGAGUUGUCAUUCACCGGUGCAGAAGCUUGGAAGGAGAUCUACGGAUUCCGCAGUGGGCUGCCUGAGAAUCGCAAGGAUCCAGGAGAGAACACCGAUGCGGACAAGAGACAUCCCACCAUCAUCAAUGCAGACCGAAAGACACAUGGAGACUUGCGUAAGCUUCUCUCCAAUGCCUUCUCGGACAAGGUGUUGAAGGGUCAAGAGCCGGUCUUGCUUCACUAUAUCGAUCUCCUGGUCACGCGUCUCCACGAGGUCGUGGAUAAGGGAGAACCAGUGGAUAUUGUGAAGUGGUUCAAUUACGUGACCUUUGAUAUCAUCGGUCAUUUGGCGUUCUAUGAAUCAUUCGACUGUCUGAAGAACACAGAAUACCACCCAUGGAUGUCCAUGAUCUUCAACGCCAUCAUGUAUGUGCACUAUAUUCGCACAUUCCAGCGCUUCAUCGAUGUUCGCUCCAUCAUUCUGGCCAUUCUGCCGAAGCGAAUUGUGGAACGGCGCAAAUGGCAUAUUGGACUCGUGGCAGAGAAGGUAAUGCGUCGAAAGACGCAACAUCCUGACUACAUUGAUUUCAUGAGUCACCUCAUUCAAGCCGAAGAAAAGGGGAAAUUGACCAAUCCUGAUCUUGUCGCCAAUGCAAAUCUUAUGGUCAUUGCGGGAAGUGAGACGACAGCCACCAUUUUGUCUGGCACAAUCUACUAUCUUUGUACGCACCCGCGUGUGAUGGAGAAGCUUCUCGAUGAAGUCCGUACCUCGUUUGAAACAAGUGACGAGAUCAACAUCGCCCGGAUCAGCCGACUCAGCUAUAUUAAUGCGGUUAUUGAUGAAUCCUUCCGUCUUUAUCCUCCGGCUGCGGGCAGUCAUCCCCGCAUCACGCCGCCGGAGGGUGCGAUGAUCAUGGGAGAAUGGCUCCCCGGAAAUACAUCUAUGGGAAUGGCCCAAUACGCGGUCUUCCGCUCGCCCGCCAAUUUCAAGGACCCUGAGCUCUACCUUCCCGAGCGUUGGCUUGAUAAUGAAGGGAAAUAUGCUCAGGACAAACGAGAGGCACUUCAGCCAUUCUCGUUCGGUCCCCGAAACUGCAUUGGCCGCAAUCUGGCCAACAUUGAGCUGAGACUCAUUCUCGCAAAGAUGCUCUGGCACUUUAACUUUGAACUUAUGCCCGAAUGCCGAUAUUGGCCCGACGAGCAGUACAUUUACACGUCCUGGGAGAAGAUUCCGCUGAAAGUUCGUAUCACUGCCCGGGUGUGA